ACCUCCGCUUCCACGUCCUAUUCACCUCUUGGUAGACUAUAUAUGUGCCCUAUCCAGAUCUAAUACGGGCAGAGGAAUGCAGCUGAGAUGAUGUCGAGGACUAUGAAGUGCGGAAGACUUCGGCGCUUGGAGCAUGUGAUAAGAGGCAGCGGGUGCCAUGCCUACAGUACCUUCAACUCCACUCAAGGGUCCAUUACUAUAACCUUGCCGCCCAAGGGGCCGAGUCUGAUCAAGAGCCUCGUUGUCUCGCAACGAUACUUCAGCUGCUCGCCUCCAUCGGCUCUCCCUUCCUCGAGCUCGCAGGGCUCAUCCUCGACGCGGCAAAGUCUCCUUCCGGAAGGCUGGGAGGCCGUGAUCGGUGUAGAGUGUCACGCUCAGAUCAAAGCUCCAUCGAAGCUGUUCAGCCCGACUCCUCUGCCGACAAUACGAUCCUCGCCCAACACACUAGCCUCUCCCUUUGACGCCUCUCAUCCGGGAACUCUGCCCAUCCUCCAGCCAGGAGCUGUGCAGGCCGCUCUGCGAGCAGCGCUCUUCCUCAAUUGCGAGAUCAACCCUGCUAGCAGGUUCGACCGCAAGCACUACUUCUACCCUGAUCUCACAGCUGGCUAUCAGAUCACACAGAAGUACUCGCCUCUUGCCAAUCGAGGCUGGAUCAAGCUACGGCAUGAUGAGGGAUACCUUUCGGCUGGAGAAGGAGAGGAGGGAGAGGCGACUAUUGAGAUAGAGCAGGUGCAGCUCGAGCAGGAUACGGCCAAGUCAUCCCACUUGGCCUCAGGCGAGUCGCACGAGGCUUCAAGUAGCUUCAUCGACCUCAACAGAGCUGGAGCUGGUCUGAUGGAGAUUGUAUCGGGCCCUCAGAUGCGCUCGGCCAAGCAGGCAGGCGCAUAUAUACGUAAACUGCAAGAGCUCCUCCGCAGGGUAGGCGCAUCUGACGGCAACAUGGACGAGGGCUCUCUACGCUGCGACGUCAAUGUCUCUGUGCAUCGUAUAGGGGAGCCCUUCGGGAAGCGAUGCGAAGUGAAGAAUGUCAACAGCGUCAAGUUUGUGAUGAACGCAAUCGAGUCAGAGGUGAAGCGGCAGUACGCCAUUCUUGAGAGAGGCGAAGAGGUGGAGCAACAGACGAGAGGAUAUGACGAGGAGACGGGCCAGACGAUCUUCCUUCGAGGCAAGGAGGAUGCGCCAGACUAUCGAUACAUGCCGGACCCGAAUUUGCCACCAGUGCGGGUAGAUGAGCGGACGUUGCAGGGUAUCAAGGAGGGCUUGCCAGAGCACCCUGAUACGCAGCGCGACAGGCUGAAGAAGGACUACAAGCUGAGCAUCAGAGACAUCAACGUGCUGAUGCGCGUCGGGCUGGAAGAGGAUCGGCGGAUACCCGAAGCAGGAACAAGCUCACGGCAAGGAAGCGACGAUGCGGUCACCUACUUUGAGGCCGUAGCUCAAGGCAGGAACCCGCAGGUUGUUCUCAAUUGGGUCAUCAAUGAGCUGCUCAAUGCCCUGAACAAGCGCGAACUGCCCUUUCAGGGGCACAGCGUCCCUCCGGCUAUCCUCGGCGAGCUGAUCGAUCUGGUCGAAGCAGGCAGAGUGACUGGCACCUCGGCAAAAGCGCUUCUCGUCGAGCUGGUCGCGACAGACUCUUCGUCUCUCAAUGGCAAAUCGAAGAGUCCCGUACUGGACCUUCUCACCAGUAAGGGCAUGCUGGCUCUUGGUGCAGGGGGUGGGGAAGCCGGAGGAGAGUUAGAGCAGCUCUGUGCGAAAAUUAUCAAUGACUUGCCAAAGGAAGCGGAGAAGGUCAGAAAGGGAAACGACAAGGUGGUGAUGCGGCUGGUGGGAGAGGUGAUGAAACGGACGGCGGGGCGAGCGGAUGCCCAGCAGGCGAGGGAGGUAUUUCUCAAGUCGCUGAGAGAGUAAAAGCAUCGAAUUGCUUGGCGGAAAGAGUGGUUCUGUCGACCGUUGCAAUCUACCAUACACAUCAAUCUUACAGUAGCUAUUGGGGCCAAUGACUUCCCAGUGCAGAGGUACACCGUUGAGCUUAUUGCAGCCUGCUCAGUCGUCCGAGCCAGCCGGGCCCAGUGCGAUGAGGUUGAACUGCACAGCAUUUGGAUCCAUAGCCAUAUAGUUGUCCCUGACCCAAUUGCAAGCCCCUUCGAGCAAAUCCUCCUGCGCAGCCAGUCUCACUCCACGGUGGACAGGGCCCUUUCUUCUACCAUCUAGCUCCACCAG